UGCGCGCGGGGAGGAGGCGUGACGGCCCAAGAUGGCGGCUGCCGGCGGCCCCGUGGAGGUGGCGCUGGUGUCGGCGGCCGAGGCGGCCUCGUCGUCCGGAGGCGGCUGCUCGGUGUGGGAAGUGGGCUCCGGGGCGUCGGUGGCCGGAUACCGCGGGUUCAGCUGCGCGGCUCGAGGGAUGGCGCUGCUGGGCGGGGAGCACCUGCUCGGGGCGCAGCUGGGCAAGGCCUGUGUGGGCGCCUGGGAGCUCCAGAGGAAGGAUCAGCUCCAGCAGAAGAUAAUCUGCCCAGGCUUGGUGUCUUGCCUGGCUGCAGCUCCCAAUGGUCUCUACAUCCUGGCAGGUAUCGCCGAAAGCAUCUACCUCUGGGAGGUGUCUAGUGGGAACCUGCUUGCCAUUCUGAACCGACACUACCAGGAUCUUUCCUGCGUGGCCUUCACAGACGACAGCAGCCACUUCCUCUCCGGAGCGAAGGACAGCCUUGUGAUAGUGUGGAACCUGUACAGCGUGCUGCAGGCCGAGAACGCCCAGAGCCCGGAGCCCCGCCAUGUGUGGUCGAGACACAGCCUUCCCAUCACGGACCUCUGCUGCGGCAUGGGCGGUCCCAUGGCCCGUGCCGCCACAGCCUCCCUAGAUCAGACGGCCAAGCUUUGGGAGAUCUCCUCUGGCGACCUCCUCCUCUCCGUCGUCUUCGACGUGGGCAUCCUGUCGGUGACCCUUGACCUCACGGAAUACCACAUGUUCUGUGGGGGCAUGGACGGCUCCAUCUUCCAAGUCGACCUCUGCGCCUGGCCCGUGCAAAGGGAGAGGGGCUUCCAGACAGAAAGAGAGGCUGCCAAGAUCUUCAAAGGGCAUCGGAACCAGGUGACGUGUCUCUCGGUCUCCACCGACGGAAGCCUGCUCCUGUCCGGCUCGCAUGACGAAACCGUCCGGCUGUGGGACAUCCAGAGCAAGCAGUGUCUGCGCACGGUGAAUUACAAAGGUCCCGUCACCAACGCCUUCAUCACCCUGGCUCCAGCCAACAUGCUAAACCCGGAGAGCAAGCCCCGCGUCCCCCUGCCCAAGUUCAGCCGCCACCUCUACACCAUGGAGAACGCGGGGAGCCCUGCCAGCGAGGGGAUGAUGCUGUGCCUGGGAAUGCAUCAGAAGGGAUCCGGAGAGAGCAACCUGGAGAAAAAAGAGCGGCUGUACUCGCAGAUGUGUGCGACAAGAGAAAAGAACUUGAUGGGCGACCAGGAGCAGCUGAAGAUCCAAGUGACUCAACUGGAGGAAGAGGUGGGCACCUUGCGCAAGAUCAACAAAGGCCUCUUUGACUUCUCCAGCCGCCUCAUCAUGAAGCAGGGCAAAUAGCGGGGGGGGGGCUUCUCCUCCGAGCCCAGCCUGGUGGCAGCAGAGUGCUCCCCCCUUGGGACAAGAACCUGGCGGCAGCCACACACAGCGCCUGGAUUGCCAAAACUUCUUCCCUGGUCAGAGGGGCAGAAACGAUGUUCAUACCCUUGUCCGCUGGCAGGACCGGACUUCACACAUCCAGAAAUGGGGGGGGGCAGAGAUGGUGUAAGUCAGGAUGGUUCGAACAGGACGUUGCAAAAAGACAUGGCCGUUCCCCCUUCCUGCUCCUCUUCCUCAAACAAACCAACGGGCCCGUUCCACAUCCCUCUCGUUUUGCAAAGGAUAAUGGGCCGCGCCAUAUGACCUGUCGCUGCUCCACCGCUGCCUUUGCCGCCAGGGAUUGAUGAUCAGUAGUACGACUGCUUUCUUUGGGGGGGGCUGCAGGUGGCUUUUGGGGGUUCACCAGACAUUCUGGCAUUCCGCAGGCAGAUCUCCUGGCCACUGUCAGUCCAGGAGGAGAACAAAGCCGUUGUCAGCAAAGAGGCCUCAAUUCCUUUUAACACUGUGUUUUUGAGAGCGACAGAGAGGCCCCCCUUGGAAGUAGGGGAGAGGAGAGAGUCUUGUGUUUCAUCGUUCCGCAGGCUGCAGAAAUGAGGCAUUGGAUUCUGGGCUGGGUAAACCUCUCCGGGUGAGUUGUGCUUCUCAACGGUUCUCUCCCCUCAUUAAAAACGUGCACAAAUCUCCCAAGCGCUCCCUGCUUUAUGAAAGCUAGCCAUUCAGGGGUUAUGCACCCCCCAUGCUAUUUUUACAUGCAGGGAGAGAUUUAUUUAUUUACAUUCUAUUGAGCCUGCGCAAAUUAGACCUUCCUGCCAUUGAACUGACCCACUAAAAUUCACGCAGCUCCGUCAUGCACGGUGCGCCAGAUCGUAUCCUUAACCCUCCUCUUGUUGGUCAGGACACGCAGCUCCGUAUCCCAAGCUGCUUUUUUUGUUCUCUGGUGAAUCUGCUCCUCCUUCCUGUCCUCUCUCUCCCCCUACAACCCUUGUCUUUCUUCAUUUUACUUCCUUUAAAAGCAAUACCUCUGACAAAUCCUUUUCCUUUUAUUUCUCGUUUUGUUUUUGUUUUGUACUUUUUUAAAAUAAAGGAUUGUUUUCCGAAA